UGUAAAAUCAUGUUUAUACGCAAAAAUAAUAUUAUUAAAUUGUAUACUGGUUGAUUUGAUGAAAUGCACGUGACAUAACAGCGGACAGGUUAACGAAAAUAGUAGUGGACCUGUAAACAAGCCGAUUUCUGAAAAAUGGAUACGAAUUGCAAUUGCCAGUUCGUAUUGGAACGAAUUAAUAUUUCGACUAAGAUCGUGCUUGAUAAAUUGGAGCACACGUAUACUUGUGGCAGAGCAAAAGACAAUGAAAUAGUAUGCACUAGUCUGACAGUAUCUAGGCGUCAUUGUAUUUUUUUCCAUAGCAAAAAUGAAUUAUAUGUUACAGAUUUAAAGAGCUCCAAUGGUUUAUUUAUAAAUGGAAUUACACAAGAACCAUAUCAGACAACUAAAUUACAACCAAAUGAUAUCAUUGGCAUUGGUUGUCCAGAUACAGAUAUAACAGAUCAUAAUAUGUUUGUAUAUAAAUUACACAAAAUUACACAACCAGAAGUUGUGGAAAAUAAUCACAGUAUCGGUGCCCUUCCAGAAACUAUAUUAAGUAUUGACAGUGCAUGUAAUAAAUUUGAUGCCUCAGUUAAGCGUAAGAGAGUACUAAAAAGUCACGAUGCAAAACUUGUGCCUAAUAAGAUUCCAAAAUUGGAUGUUGAAAAUUGUACUAUGAAAGAAAGUUCUUUGGAAGAGAAAUGUAAUGUAACAGAUGAGAAUGAUAUUGAAAUAGUCCAUGUGUCACUAAAAACUAGCAUUACAAAUGAAGAUUUGGAUAAUAAUUUGCAUUUGAAUAAACGUGUAGAUACUAAUAUGUGUGAAACAAGUAAUACUAUAAAAAACAUAAAAUCAGAAUCAUGUAUAUCAUUUACAAAUUCGGAACAUGUGAAAUCACUUGUAUCGAAUAACAUGAAGAAAAUUAUCAAAGAAAAAGAGAACUCCAUUGUUUGUAGUAGCAAGAAAGAAUUAAAUACAAACAUUGAAAGUAAUUUAUUACAUAUGAAUGAUGCACAGAAUCCAAUAAUCAAUAAUAAAUCUUAUGAUCUUCAAUCUAAAAACACAGUGGAGAACAAUAAAGCGAAAUCUAAUCCAGAAAACAUAAAGUACAAUUCGAAUAAAAAUUGCAUUGCAUCACGUAAUAUUCUAAGUGAAAACGAAAAAUCAAAUGUAAUGAAGAGUAUAGAUCGAUUAAUUCCUAAAGAUGAUAACGCAAGGAAUUUAUUACCACUACCUCCGAAUUUUAUACGUAACCAAAAUGGUAUAAUAAAAUUAGAGGACGAGUUAAUAUUGACCGAUACCGACGAAGAAGUACCUUUGGAUUCAUCAACAUCUGUUCCGCCUGUGUCUCCUAUAAAACUAAAAAAGGUGCAACAAGAACCAAAAACGAAAUUUUCAGAGAUCGAUUUUGUGAAUAUGAGCGACAGCGAGGACGAUAUUUUUCCGUGUUCCCAAUUGUUCGAUAUUGGGUUCGGUAUGAACACAUCCGUGAAGGAUGAGAUCAAAGAGGAACCUACAGAGGCGGAAAACCAAAGAUUUAGCAUACUCGACGAUGCAGAUUUAGUUAUUUCACUAACCGAUAGUGAAGACGAGGACAAUAAUUGGUUACAUAGAUUAUCUAGAAGUCAAAUACUCAAUGAGAAUGACGAGAUUAACAUAAAAAGCGUGAAUGAUAAUAUAAAGAAGGAACCAAUAGACUCAGAAAUUGUGGAUAUUGGAGAGUCAAAUGUACAUAAAUCUGAGUUGCCUGUAAGCGUAGAAACUAAACUAGGCAAAGAGAAAGAAGCAGAAAAAUGUAUAAAUAUGGAAGAAGUUGCGUCGUUGCAAGAUAUGAAAAAUUUGUGUCAAGUGUCUUUGCCAUAUGUUUCUAUAGAGAGAAUGAAAGACGAUUUUGAAAACCACGUUGAAAAAUCUGUAGAAGCUCCUAGUUCCAGUAGUAGUAUCGGAAAACUUUCAGAAUCAUUGAUAAAUCAGAGUUUGCUUCUGAAGGAGAGAGAAACAGAAAAUGAUAUUAAUACCUCAGUUAGUAGUAAAGUAGGAAGUGCAAGACCUUCGAAAAAGAAGAAAUCGCUCGAAAAGAAAGUGCCUCAGAUCGAACCUCCACACUUACCCACUAGAAGACGAAGCAGCAGUUCGAAUAGAGUGCAUGAAGAUCGUGAAAAGUCUUUUGAAAGGUCUGUAAGACAAAGAUUAAGUACUAAAGAGAGAAAGGAGCAGCAAGAAAAGUUUAAGAUACAACAAUACUUACAUACAAAGGAACAAAAGAACCGUAAAAUAAUCCACAAGUGGGCUGAUUGUCUUCCUACCAGCAAGAAUAAUAUAAGUUUUCUUACCAAAGAAGAGAAGAAAAUAUUGGCGGAUAACAGAAAGAGGAAAUUACAGAAACUUGCAAUGGAGAAGCGAUUGUCCCUAGAAGAGAAUCAAGAAAAAAAACGUAUCGUUUCUAAGCCAAAGGCGAAGAUAACGACGAAAACUCGAAAUGAUUUUCUCAUGGAGGAAACAAUGUCUGUAUCGAAAUCAGGCAAUGCGCCACAGAAGACUAAAGUUUCAUCUAAUCGUUCUACAUUGCCAAACAGUUCCUCACCAAGUAAAAAAACAACUAAACCUGUAAAAAGUAAGGAUGCAUCUAAGGAGAUAGCAACGCAUUUACAACAUAUAUUAACACUCAGUAAUAUUUCCAAUGUAGGCAGAAUACAAAAAAAAUCUACUGUAAAUAAGAUAAAAGCAAAUAUCGCAGUAACGGAAGAAGCAUUAAGGGAUCUUUCAUUGGAGAAGCAGACGGAGAAAAAAAUAGAACCGAAAGACGUUGAGUCAAAGAAUAAACCAAGUACAGAAGCAUUCAAGUCUGUUGAAAAAGAAUCUCCUGCGCCUCUAAAGUCAAAUAUGAAGUCUGUGGUUGAGAAGCAGAAGAAACGCGUGUCUUUCUCUACAGUGAUUCAUACUAUACGCGAAUACGAAAUUGAAGAGUCAAAUGUUCUGAAAAAAAUCAAAGGAAAAGAUGCACCUAUACCUCCAGAAAAAGUUGCGAUAGCCAAACCUAAAAAUAUCACGGAAUCUAAUGCGAAAUAUAACGAAUUUUUACUGCGUAUCUUUUUAUGGAAUCCAGUAUGGUUGGAAGAACAGCAGUAUUUGAAUACAACUGCACCUGUUGUACAGCAGGAUGAACUUAAUGUGAUGUUAACACACUAUAAUUCGUACGAUGAGUACUAUCGUAUCACCGCUCCGUUAUUGUUGUUGGAAACUUGGUGUAACAUAACUAAAGAAGUUCAGCGCAACGAUCAAGUCUUCAGACGACCUACGUUUAUGUGUUCCAUAGUUGAAAAUUCUAUUCAGACGGACAAACAACCUGGGAAUGUAUCUUUUACAACUUUGAUGCUUGAGGUAUUGGCCUCGAGGGAAGAAGUAUAUAAACAGAUACAUCCUGUAUACGGAGAUUUAGUAUUUUUCGAAUUCGUUAAAAAUCACGAAAAGGGGCAGACCUUUCAUCAAAUAUUUGCUUAUGUUGUAAAUGUAUAUUCAACGGUGUUAACUCCUCUGACACGGUACAAUAAAGAGUUACAACAUUACGUAAAAAGUCCUCAUAUGUUACUGACGUACACUAUGAGAACAAGACUCCUCGACAAUCAUAAUAUUCAAGUGAAUCGUGUUCAACGAUUAAGAGCCGUGACUUAUUUGCGUCCUAAUUUAAGAAUGGUGCGAGCACUACAGUAUCUUCCCAAUUCACCACUGAUGAACUUAAUUUUAUAUCCUAAAAUUGAAAUGUACAAAUUGCCUACUGUGUCAGAACCAGAAACACUUGUCACUCAAGAUAAAUUGAAUCAGAAACAGAUGGAGGCUGUGUGCAAAGUGACCAAAGCUGUAGUUCAGAAGGAUGCAAAGCUGUGCUUUAUUCAAGGGCCACCAGGUACAGGGAAAUCGAAAGUAAUUGUAAAUAUUGUUACUCAAAUAUUGUAUGGCAACAACAGAUAUACUAGCAAUGCAAGUCCUACCAAAAUUUUAGUAUGUGCUCCAUCAAACGCUGCCAUAGAUGAAAUCGUUCUGAGAUUGUUGGACAUCAGGUCCACUAUAAAGAACCAGGCGAAGGUAAAACCGUUUAGAAUGGUUCGCAUUGGACAAGCAGAAAUGAUGCAUCCUACAGUGAAAAAUAUUUCUGUCACUGAAUUGGCGAAACGAGACAUAAAGAAGACAGCAGCUAAUUCGAACAGUAUUCCGCCUGAUAGCGUGGAAAAUGAGAAACAGUUUUUAGAUUCUAAAAUGAACGCGCUGAAAUGCGAAUUGGCCAAUUCUCGCAACGUGGAUGAAACUUACAAGCAACAUAUUUUAAUGAAAUUGGCGGAAAUAGCUGCGAAACACGAGUUACUGAGGAAUCGUACGCCAUUUUAUGAGAUAAACGACAGAGAACGUAUGAAAUUGCAACGUGGUGCGGAAAACAGGAUUCUUGAACACGCGGACAUAAUAACCUGUACCCUUUCAUCGUGCUAUACUAAUCAAAUGGAAUCCAUUUUUGGCACUAAUAAAAAAAGAAUAUCCGUGUGUAUUGUGGAUGAAGCUACUCAGAGUAGCGAGGCAGAAACUUUAAUACCAUUAAUGUUAGGAAUUAAUAUAUUGGUUUUAGUCGGUGAUCCUAAUCAAUUGCCCGCCACUAUACUGAGUCCAGAGGCUAAGAAAUUAGGAUUAGAUCAAUCGAUUUUCUCUCGAGUUCAAAAUGCUUUCGAUAUGCAAUUAGAUAAUCCGAUAAUCAUGUUGGACACUCAAUAUAGAAUGCAGCACGAUAUUUCUUAUUGGCCGAACAAAUUUUUUUAUGGCGGAAAAUUAAAAACUGCUGCGGAACGCAACAAUAAAUUUCCUUUUCAUUCGUAUAGGGUUCUAAAUCUUAAUGCAAAUCAAAAUAACGAUAAUUUUUCGAACAAUGAUGAAGCAGAACUUGUAGCUAAUAUUAUUCAUUGCAUGUUAAUGUUCUCCAAUUUGGAUAAUUGGGAAUCGUGUAUUUCGUGUGGCAUUCUCACGCCGUACAAUAAUCAAAAAUCUGUCAUAUUAACAAAAAUUAACGAAAAAACAUCUUCAUUACCGGAGAAUGUAAAAAAAAAAAUGAAAAUUGAGGUGAAUACAGUGGAUGGUUUUCAAGGACAGGAACGCGAUGUGGUAAUUAUGUCGUGUGUACGAAGUCAAAAGAUUGGCUUUUUAUCUGAUAAACAAAGACUUUGUGUUGCUCUUACAAGAGCAAAACGCAGUUUGAUAAUAUGUGGUAACUUCAACGUUUUUAUGAGAGAUCCAAUGUGGAAUUCAUUGUUACAAGAUGCAAAAUCGCGCAAGGUAUUCUUUCAUGUUAGUACGAAUGCAGAUCCUCAGACAGUAAAAUCGUAUGUUAUUAAGUGUUAA